GUCUGUUUCUGAUCUCCUUCCAUUGUUAUCAUCGCUGCAGAGAAAACUGUCCUGCCAUAACAAUGGCUUCAGGCGGCGCAGUGUUGCAGACACCUGAAAAUGGAAACGGAGGAAACAAGAGGACACCGUGUCCGUUACACGGCUGUAAGCGGGUGUACACAGAUGUGAGCGCCCUGGAGAGCCACAUCAAAGACCAUGAGAUACCGGCUCAGUCUCUUCCCGGAAAGGUCCUGCUGUGCUCCACUGUCGGCUGCAGCGGUUCCUUCCCCAACAUGCAGAAACUGAUGGAACAUAUGAGGCAUCAUCACAAACCCAACAUAUUCUUUUUGUGUGAGAGCUGUCGCACUAAGCUGCGGUCCUACCGCGGCCUCCUGACUCACCUGCACACCUGUUCCAAGGUGCCACGGGGCAAAACAAAGCUGGCUGAAAACACGCAACCUCAGCCUACUGCUGUGGCCUCUAUGGCCAUGGACCAGAGCUCCAUGCCUCUGGACUCGGUAUCUACACCUCAGCAGCUGCCCUCUCAACUCCCAAACCAGGACGGUUCCUUACCCCCUGCUGUUCCUCACCCAGACUCCGCUGCCCCCCCUCUCCUCGGCCCCCCUGUCCAAUCUCAACCAGAGACCUCCCCUUUCCAUCUUGCUCCUCAGCAGCUCACGGAGGCAGCUGCCCAGUCUCUGCUCAGAAACGGAGCCUCCAGCAUGGCCCCGCCAGCAGCUCCCGACCCUUCCGAUGCCCACGGUCAGAAACAGACCAGGUCUCCUGAGCCUGUCCACCCUGCUCCAGUAUCAGCUCCUCACUCUCCACCUGGGUCCUCAGCAGUGUGGAAGAAGAAUCAGGGUAUGUCCUGCAGCAGACGCAUCCUUUGGGAGCACACGAAAGGGCGCUACACGUGUGUGCAGUGUGGCCACACCGCAACCAACCGCAAGGAGAUGACUCAGCACAUUAACACUCAGCACAGCGGGAACAAACCUGCAGAAGACACAGGAAGCUCUGCCACUAACACAUAACAUGGAACCAGGAGGAGGAGACUCCUUUGCUUUCUUUGAAAAUAGCCACAUCUGCAGCAGCUGCUGGCUCCAGCUCUGUCACACACAGGUGUGGUCUGCACAGGCAUUGUUUGAACUGUUGUGUAAAUUGCGUCUUCCGUUUUUCAUCUUUUGUACUGAGCAAAUUAAAGGAUGAGGCUGCUGUUAGUCCAGGUUUUUCUUAUUGUCAGCAAAUCCAGCUUAACAUUGUGUGAGGAUCAUGUGAAACUUAGACUCAUCUGUGUUUGAGUAGAUUUGGGAGCAGUCAGGAGACGCACAGUGUUGAGUUUGUUGACAGGAAGAAAACCAGUUCUAUCUCCAUCCUAGACCACCUGCAUCUGAGCAGCUCUCAGUAUCAUACCUUGUUUAUUGUUCCCGUUUUUAUGGUGUUUCUAAAGCAAACGAACCAUUUCACACACACACACGCUCAAACACUUCUACAUCAAACACCUUUACAGGAAACCAAGGUCAAAAAAAAGAAGCUGUUUUAUUUGGGUUAGUCAGAAUGAGCUGAUACAAGCACUUGACUUCUUCAGCGCAUCAGAGAGGUUUAGGUCAGAGGUCAGCUCAGGCUCAGGCUCUUCUCAGUGCCUGUGUACGACCACACAUGCUCCUGGAUGACCGCCACCUCCCAGUCUUUUAGCUCCUCCUUCAUUACGAGCCCACCAAGCAGCGAGCUUUACAAUAAUUAACACAUCGAGACAAUACCACAUGACAAAAGGUCCCACUUGAUCAUUAAAGUGAAUUAUUAGACAUUACCACAUG